AUGCCUAACUCAAACAGCGACAUCAUCUCGUUCAAGGAAAGAGCAACGAUCGAUUUGAUCAAACCUCUCAACGAUCUUCUUGUCAUCGAGCUGACAAUCCAGAAUAUGGAUGUCGCAAGGAUAUUAGUCGAUACCGGAAGCUUGGCUGAUAUCAUCUUCAAAAACACUCUCGAGAGAAUGGAAAUCGAUCCAUCCAAAAUCGCGGAAAACGCAAGCCCGCUAGUAGGAUUCUCGGGAGAAGUCACCAUGACUCUCGGCACAAUCAACCUUACGGUUCGAGCUGGGAGCGUAGUCAAAAUCGUCGAAUUCCUAGUCGUCGAUCGAUCCAUGUUCUACAACACAAUCGUAGGGACACCAUGGUUAUAUUCGAUGCAAGCGGUACCGUCGACGUACCACAUGUGUCUCAAGUUUCCGACUCCAUGCGGAAUCGAGACCAUCUGGGGAGAUCGGAGAACUUCGCAGGUUUGCUAUGCCGCGAAUUUAAAACGGAAAAAUCUGCCGGCUGACGCUCCUUCCAAAAAGAAAAAGAAACCGUCUGCCCUCGACGACGCCCCAGAACAAGAUAAAGCGGAAAUCUUCUGGCAGUUGCGAGCAGCCGAGCCAAUGGAAGGGAAACGCGAGCCUACCUGCGAACCUGUCAUCUCAGUAUGCAUCGAUGAAGCCUUCCCAGAACGCUGCGUCGAAAUCGGUGCGAACCUGAGCGAGACUUUAAAAGCCAAGCUCCUGACUUGUCUGAAUAGAAACUCGAACACGUUCGCAUGGACUGCGGAAGAUAUGCCAGGAAUUGACAUUAACAUCACAUGUCACGAACUCAAUGUUGACCCAACAUCCAAACCCGUCAAACAAAAGAGAUGGAAACUGGGGCCGGAACGCGCCGAAGCGGUCAACAACGAAGUCGACAGACUCCUUAAAGUCGGAUCGAUAACGGAAGUUACAUAUCCUGACUGGCUCGCUAAUCCUGUCGUCGUUAAGAAAAAGAACGAAAAGUGGCGAGUCUGCGUCGAUUUCACUGAUCUCAAUAAAGCGUGUCCUAAAGAUAGUUACCCGCUGCCGCAUAUCAAUCGCUUAGUCUAG